AUUUCUAUACUAGCAGAUUUCUAGAAAUGACUUGCAGUGCCUAAGGGAGCACAUUUAAAACUGCUCAUUACAUCGGGAGGACAGGCAUAGGCAAGGCAGCCCUGCUUUGCGAAGGCCCUCGGUGUGCCAAGAUGUCCAAGAGGAAGGUCAGCUCCACCGAGGGCAUGGAGGUGGAGCCAAAGAGGCAAUCAGCAAGGUUGUCAGCUAAACCAGCUCCCGCAAAAGUGGAAACGAAGCCAAUAAAGGCGGCAGGAAAGGCUAAAUCUUCAGACAAGAAAGUGCAAACAAAUGGGAAAAAGGGAGCAAAGGAAAAGCAGGCCGAAGUGGCCAACCAGGAAACUAAAGAUUUACCUGCAGAAAAAGGAGAAACUAAAAAUGAGGAGAGUCCAGCCUCUGAUGAAGCAGAAGAGAAAGAAGCCAAGCCUGAUUAAUAUCAUAUAUACACCAUGUCUUAUCAGUGGUUCCUGUCUCCCUUCUUGUACAAUUCAGAGGAAUAUUUUUAUCAACUAUUUUGUAAA